AACCUCUCAGAUAUCCCAAGAAAGCUUACUCUUCGAGAAAGAAAUGCACUUCUACUCGUCCACUAACUUCUAUCUUCCUGAUAGAUUUGGGUGUUGGAUUAAGAGUGCUAACAAUUCGGAUUGAAUAUUGAUACAUUCCAAGAAGUACAAUGGAAGAAUGUUUGAUGAUAUCAAGUUGUCAAUUACUAGGAUUCCAAAAAAUGAUAGAAACACAGUCCCUCGCCAGAUCAUGUGAGAAAUUGUUUUAUCUAUCACUCAAGAUAAUCAAAGAACUAUUGGGAAGUUUCUUGAAACAAAGCAUUUAAUGUUGAAUGUACGUGCAACCAAUUAAAAUUACAAGUUUGGAUAUAAAUGGGAAAGAUGUUGUGGAUCUAGCUGAGAUUAAUACAUUAUUACCUACUGUCAUGAGAUUCAUUCCAAGUGUGACAAAGAUUCUUAGAUUUAGUAACAUCAAAUUUUCACAGAAGCAGACAACUAUAGUAUUCAACAAUACAAUUCGACUUCUCUCACUUAAGUUUGAGAAGUGAAUAUUACGCACAGAAAAUAUUAAGAUUCUCCCUCGCAGAAGGCUAGCUCUCAGGAAUUUGCACAUUGUAUCAUGUGGAAACCUCUUUCUCAGUGAUUGGCAAAGACAUCCUUCAAGACUAGAAGAGAUAUUUGCUUUUAUCUACAAAUCUUCUUUGUUUUAUCACCUGAAGUUGCUAUUUUUGGUUGAUGAUAUUGCCUCAAAUACUUUAAAAGAUCUCCAAGGAAAAUAUCCUUUUAAAACUACUACAAUCGAAUACUCUCCUUCCUUGUAUUGUAAGCCACCAGUCAUCUCUAUAAUCCAACCGGAAGAAGAACAAGUAGAAGACAACCUGGUUCAAGAAACAUGUUGGAAAUGUUCAAUAUUCUAA